AUGGACGAGGGAGUUGGAAUGCAGCUCCUGCUGGAGGGCAAGAAGACGCUGACGAUCGGUGUCGAUGCUUUGGAGCUCAGCGACCCUGUUGCAAAGAGAUCGGGCCGCUCAUCUUGUAGCCCCCUUUCUUCUCGACCCGUCUCGAAGAACAGUGUUCCACUGUACAACGUUCUCUGGGCCGAGCUCUCCGACAAUCGCAUCACCGUCGACUAUGCCAUACACGCGUCGAAAACCCUGAUCAAGCCCGGGAAAUGGUCGUUUGCCCUCGCGGUGAUGGACGAGGCCGGUAGCGGUACCUCCCCCGAGAGCUUCGUCAAGACCCUCCUAUCGCGCGCAUACGGCGAUGCGCCUCCCCAGAAGCGCGCAUAUGUCUUGAUCAACCCGAACUCUGGUCCUGGAGGUGCCGUCAAGAAGUGGGAGAGUGAGGUCAAGCCGCUCUUCGACGCUGCUAGACUGCAGCUCGAUGUAGUGGUUCUGAAGCGCGGCGGCGAGGCCACUGAACUUGCGGAAAAGGCAGACCUAUCGAGGUACGAUACUAUCAUGGCUUGUUCGGGAGACGGAACGCCGCACGAGAUCUUCAAUGGCCUUGCGAAGCGACCUGAUGCUGCCAAGGCGCUUGCUUCGAUUGCUGUUAGCCACAUCCCCUGUGGUUCAGGAAACGCAUUCUCUUGUAACCUCUAUGGAUCCCACCGGGCCUCCUUUGCUGCCCUUGCUAUCAUCAAGGGCGUCGUGACUCCGAUGGAUCUGGUCUCGGUUACGUCAGGCAGCAACCGCAUCAUCUCGUUCCUGUCUCAGACCCUAGGCAUCAUCGCCGAGAGUGAUCUGGGCACUGAGCACCUUCGAUGGAUGGGCAGUGCCCGAUUCGAGGUUGGAGUCUUGCAGCGAAUGUUCAAGAGAACAUGCUAUCCGUGUGACUUGGCCGUAAAGGUCGAGAUUGACGAGAAGGAGGGCGUUAAGGCUCACUACAAGCACCAUGCCAGCAACACUAGUCUGGCUGCACUGGCCAAGGCCGCCGAGGCGGCGCCUGUGGAGAGCGAAGGCCUCCCUGCGCUCAAGUAUGGCACGGUUCAAGAUGACCUUCCUGAGGGAUGGGAACUAGUUCCCUACGACAAGAUUGGCACAUUCUAUGCCGGUAACAUGGCAUACAUGUCGCCCGAUGCCAACUUCUUCUCCGCCUCGCUGAUUUCGGAUGGUUGCAUGGACCUCGUCACUAUUGAUGGCGACUUGCCUCCUUUCACGGCGCUCGGGGUCCUUCUCGACGUUGAGGCCGACAAGCUGUUUGACAACCCGCAUGUCACGUACAAGAAGAUCACCGCGUACAGAAUCAUCCCGCGAAACCAGGAUGACGGCUUCAUCAGCAUUGAUGGUGAAAAGAUUCCGUUCGGACCUAUCCAGGCAGAGAUUCACCAGGGCCUUGGAAGGGUCAUCUCGAAGGCCGGCAAGUAUGAGGCUAAGGGCCCUGCGAACUGGGACAAGCACAAAAACCGGAUCACAACUGCAAAUCCCCUGUGCGCCACUGAAACUCGAUCACGAGAUGCGUCGGCGAGGAAACAGGAUGCCCUCUGGUUACUACACUCAGAGACUCAGAAAUGGUACUACAACCAGAUCAUAAGGCGUUUUAUGUCCUUUUGUACGGAUGCGGGCGAAAGAGACGAGUUGUUACGAAGGUUAGAUUCGCUUGACAUAAGGGCAGUCGAUGCUGCCUUGGCUUCAGCCCCCCGACAACCCACUCCUAAGCAACCGCGAGGAACACCGAUACAGUCUACCGGAGUCACAGCUGCUACAGAGAGGCUUGCAUCAUUAUCAAUAGCGGGACCUUCCAGCGAUGCUUCCCGUCUACCGUCUUCCGCCUCACUUCCGACCAUCGCUGAAUCCUCAGCUUCGGCUUCAGCAAAGCCUUCUAAGGAGAUUCAACCAAUUAUUCCACCCAGCGGUCCAUCCGACUCUAUGAAGGCGGCUCUUCAGAAUCCCAGCAACACAAAGGAGCUUCAAGAUGUUUUGAUGGCGCUUCGGAAACUUCGAGAGGGCCUGGUGGCCAGUAAGCGUGCCGAUGAGUUCGCCUGCCAGGCCUACAUCUUUUCUAUUCGGUUGUCGAUAUUUGUCAAGCACCCCGAAUCUUAUCACCCCGCCAUGCUUCACCUCCUUCGAUACAUCGCGAAAUGGCACAACAUGCCGCACGGCGAGCUCGCGGAAAUCGCUUCCUACUACGCUCUGGAUGCCGCGUGCCGGCGCAAGAACCUGGCCGAGGCGUAUUCUAUCAGAAACGACUUCAAGAUCAAGAACAGAAAGCUGGAUAUUAUACUAAGCGCGCUUGCCCACGACAAUUAUGUCGCUUGGCAGAACAUCAAGUAUAAGGUGGACCUGCCAUUCAACAAGCUGAUGGAAUGGGCAGACGACGAUAUGAGGCUUCAUACCCUGAAAUGUUUUGGGGCCUCGUACCUUAACGUGGAUCUACCGUUCUUGGAGUUUUGCACCAGUCGCAAGUGGGAUGAGCUGAAAGAGAAGGACAGUGUUGGUUGGGAACUGGAAGAAGAAAAGGUGACAAUUCGAAGAAUCAAGAAGAAGUGA